CCUCCGGAGAUAAGAGCGCGUGACGCAGCCCCUUGGAUCAUCAGGUUCCGGCGGCGUGUCGUCCGAGCCAUCAGUUCACGCAGAGAUCUCGGCCAGAAUGUCCACGCUCGAGAACGAGGUGACCUUCCGCAAACAGGCGGAGGUUAAUCACAGUCUGGAGGCGCAGUUCGACAGCUCCUCCACGGAUUUCAUUCUUAUCACCGACCAUCGCACCUCGAAGAGCAAGAGCUUGGAGCAAUUGGAGGCUUCUAAAGAGUCAGAAAAUGCCGAGUCCUGCUGCUCGCGAUAUGCCCGGAAUAUCUUCCGGAAGAAGACCCUCUUGAGGCGACUGCCCUUCCUCACCUGGCUGCCACACUACAACUCGCGAGACUGCAUCGGCGAUUUGAUAGCUGGAUUCACCGUGGGUCUCACCGUUAUUCCCCAGGGAUUGGCCUAUUCGGGCGUGGUCGGUCUUCCACCGGAGUAUGGCCUGUAUGGAUCCUUUAUGGGCUGCUUCGUGUAUGUCCUUUUGGGCACCUGCAAGGACAGCACUAUUGGCAGCACGGCGGUGGCCUCGCUCAUGACAUUCCAGUUCGCCCAAGGAUCCUGGCAGAGAUCUGUACUUCUGACCUUUCUCACCGGCAUUAUAGAGAUCCUGAUGGCCAUCUUUAAGCUUGGAUGUCUGGUGGAGUUCGUAUCUGGACCAGUGAGUGCGGGCUUUACAAGUGCCGUGGCCCUGAUUGUGUCCACUUCCCAAAUGCGAUCGAUGCUGGGUGUCAAGAGCGAUGGUGGAUCCUUUUUGGCCACGUGGAUAAGCAUGUUCCGAGAUAUUGAAAAUGUGCGGGUAGCCGACACCUGUCUGGGAUUUGGUUGUGUUUUCCUGCUCCUGGCCAUGAGAAGUUUCGGAAAGUUUACUAUUGGCCCGAAGGAUGAGACCAGGAGGAAUGGAUUCCAGAGGGUUGUCAAUCAUGUGAUCAAGUUCUUUUCGACCUCAAGGAACGCCUCUGUAGUGAUUGUAUUCACCGCGAUCACCAUGUACUUGGAUGCCAAUGGAACCAAUCCUUUUAGGCUAACUGGAAAUAUACCAAAAGGAAUGCCCACGCCCUCACUUCCUCCCUUUUCCAUCAAGGCACAGCCUGGCAAUGAAACUGCCGGGAUUCCCCCUGUGGAAGGACAGAAUUUCCUUGAAAUGGUGCAGAGUCUGGGCUAUGGUCUCGUCAUCGUUCCCUUGAUGGCUCUUUUGGAAACCAUGUCUGUUUGCAAGGCCUUCGCCAAGGGAAAACAGAUCGAUAUCACCCAAGAAAUGAUCGCCUGUGGAGUGGGCAACAUUGCCACCUCCAUCUUCUCCGGCUACAGAUGCAAUGGCGGGUUGGCUCGAUCGGCGGUGAAUAAUGCCAGUGGGUGUCGCACCAACAUGUCCAAUCUGUACAUCGGUGUCAUCGUAGUGCUGGCCCUGAAUUUCCUCACCGACUAUUUCGCAUUUAUUCCCAAGGCGGUGCUGGCGGCGAUUAUCAUAUCGGCUGUGAUCUUCCAGGUCCAGUACCAGGUCGUAACGCCCAUGUGGCGAAGCAAACGUUCCGAUCUAGUGCCUGGAAUUCUGGCCUUUGUUACCUGUCUGGUGCUGCCUCUGGAAAUCGGUAUCAUGGUGGCCAUUGGAGUGAAUCUUCUCUUCAUUCUUUACUAUGCGGCUAGGCCAAAGGUAACCCUCGAGCAAUUGGAGACCCAGCAGGGAAUCCGUUUCGUCAAGAUCACCCCCGAUCGCUGUCUGAUCUUCCCCUCGGUGGAGUUUGUCCGAAAUAUGGUACUCAAGCUGGGCAGCAAGUCCACUUUGCCAGUGGUCAUCGAUUGCACCUAUAUCUAUGCAGCAGACUACACGGCCGCCAAGGUUAUAUCCUCCAUUGUGGACGACUUCCGUCGGCGUCAGCAAAAGAUCAUAUUCUUCAACUUGAAGCCCAGUGUAGUGAGCGUCUUCGAGGGAUUGAACACUAGGCUGGUGCUGUGUUACAACACCCACUCCCUCAACCAGGAACUUCGACCCGAUGAACCGGAUCUAUCGAGAUCUGUGGACUCCCUCGACCACGCCGAGUCCGGAAAUGGAGCUAGUGAGUGCGUCAGCAUGGCCAGCACUCUUUCUUUGGCUAGGAGUUAGCCUUGCUAUGAUCUAAAUAAUAUUAUCUAAGUAAGAUUUCGAGCAUCUAGACAUAGUUUAUAAAGUAAAGAACUUAUUUC